GCUGACCUGUUCACACACAAAAAAGUUUACAUCAAAAUUAAUGUAGCAUUACAUGUAUAUGCAAUGGAAAAUGAACUGCACUAAGAUUAAAUAGUGUUUAAUGGGAAAGUGAUGCAGGGAUAAGGUGUUGGAUUUUUGUUUAAAAUACCCUUGUUUGAGGGUAAAACAUAAAACACUUAUGAUUAGAAACCAUGAUAAAAUUGUAAUGAGAAUAUUUUGAUUUACUGAGGGASGGAAAUUGAAGAACACAGAGAAAAUGCCUCAAAGCAUAUCAGAGGAGAACCAAUAAGUAACUGUACACACAUUGCAUGAUGGCAUACAUGAAGUACUUACCCAACUUUGCAUCGACUUUGAUGAAAAUUGACAGGCGUUUCUCACAAGUCGAGAAAGACUAAGACUAGAAAGAUGACACUCAUGUAACGCAAUAUUCCUGUCACGCAUGAGUAAAAAUGGAGCGAUCUGUGGAAAUUACCAAGAAGAUCUUUGAUCUUUAUCGUAAAUAUGGUCGUGAGAAUUAUAUAGGAGAGGAAGUAACCCAGAUAGAGCAUAUGACACAGUGUGCAAUGUUAGCRGAAAAGGAAGGAUUCCCCGAUGAUGUGAUUCUGGGGGUUUUCUUCCACGACAUUGGACAUUUAAUUGGCAUGGAACAAAGUCUUCCAAGGAUGGGUAAUCUAGGGACCCAGAACCACGAUGAAGUUGGCGAGAAGCACCUCAAAGAUCAGGGGUUUCAGGAAUCUGUGACGAAGAUGRUGUGGGGUCAUGUGCAAGCUAAACGAUACUUGGUCUAUAAGUAUGACGACUAUUAUGAUAAGCUGUCUGAUGCAAGCAAGRGAACUCUUGUUUAUCAAGGAGGUCCAAUGACACCAGAAGAAGCUGAAGAAUUUGAAAGACUUCCUGUCUUCAAGGCACUUCUUAGAAUGAGGUACUGGGACGAUGAAGCAAAAGUGAAAGAUCUUCCAAUAGAACCRAUUGAAAAAUAUGAACAAAUGUGCAUUAGAUAUUUGAAUACAUGCAUGAGCAAGUGAUACAUAUAAAUGAACAAUGACAGUUGCAUGAUUUYAUUAUUUAUGAAUGGAUGGAUAAAUAUUAAUAAAUGAGAAUGAAUGAAUGAUGAUUGGAGUGUGACACACAAAGUUUGAUGUAUCCUUYGCUGACUAGCAUUUCAACGACUGUCAUUCAAAGAACAGUCUGCAAUUAGGCUGCGUUCAUAAUGUAUGGCAGA